CUUCCAGUAAGUCAAGGUAAUGGUUAAAGGUUUUGAACUGACACAGCACUUCGAAGUAUUUGAACUGGACGGGGUGUUUGUAUUGGGAAAUGCAUCAAAGUUCACUUUACGCUGCUGGAUUUUGCCUUUUGGUGGAAAACAGGUACAGCACAACAGCUGCCAUCAGUGCAGAGGUAAGCCUCGAUGCAGCUUCGAACAUCUCCCACACUGGUUUCCAGAGGUACAAGCUAACAAACGGAGCUGAAUUUUUCAUACAUUCAAGAGGUCCCAGGAUGUGGUUUCUCACGGUUGUGGCAGCAUCAUGCCUCCUGCUGUCCCCAAGUUACGCGGGGAUCAAGGACAUCAAGCUGCACUUUGAUUUCAUGGAGCAGAACCAGUCGCAGCCCGUGGAUCCUCGGAGUCUCACUGAGGGCAAGGUACUGGAUGCAGACGCCAUCCCACUGGACUAUCAUAAGGAGAACACCGUCACGAAUGACCUAGCCUUUGAUGGGUUUGAGGAUGAGGACUACAUAGACUUUGACAAAAUCCUGUCAGAAGAUGACUACAGCGAAGGUGACGAAAUCGAUGAGAUCACCAUCCCAGACACAGAGAUCUCCAACGAGCCUUCUGACCCCAAGGUCCGUCGGGCUCGACUUUUGCAUCUCUUUAACGGAAGGUCUCGUAUUGAGCGGCUCAACAUCGUAAACGCCCGCUUUGGCUUUAGCCUCUACCGGAGCUUGCGUAACCACGUCAACCAGACAGACAACAUCCUGCUGGCCCCAGUGGGCAUUUCCAUAGCCAUGGGCAUGAUGGACCUUGGCACAGGGCCUAGUACCCAUGAGCAAAUCUCCAAGACCCUCGGUUUUGCCGACUUUGUCAACGCCAGUGUGCACUAUGAGGACAUCACAGUCCACAAGCUCUUCCUUAAGCUCACCCAUCGUCUCUUCCGGCGCAAUUUCGGCUAUGUGCUACGCUCUGUCAACGAUCUCUAUGUCAAGAGGGAUAUAACCUUGGAAGAUCCAUUCAAGAAGGAUAUGAAGACAUAUUACUUUGCUGAGCCACAAACAGUGGACUUCAAAGACCCAGCCUUCCUGGGAAUGGCUAACCGACGUAUCCAGAAGCUGACCAAGGGCUUGAUCAACAUUCCUCUUAAGAGCGUGGAUCCCAACAUGUUGAUGAUGCUCCUGAACUACAUCUAUUUCAAAGGCAACUGGGAACAAAAAUUCUCAAAGGAUGCGACAUACUACCGUAACUUCCACAUCAGCGAAAGGAAGUACGUGAGGGUCCCCAUGAUGCAGAACCGGGGCAACUACCAGGCAGCUGCUGAUCACGAGCUGCAGUGUGACGUCCUGCAGAUGCCGUACAUUGGCAAUAUCAGCAUGCUGGUAGCUCUACCACGCAAGAUCAGUGGCAUGCGCAAUUUGGAGAAGGAAAUCUCGCCAUCCGUGAUUAAAAGGUGGAUGAGCAACAUGACAAACCGAACACGGGAAGUCGUUUUUCCAAAAUUUACUCUGGAGCAAAAUUAUGAUCUGAUUGAAAAUCUCAAAGAGAUGGGAGUCAAGGACCUAUUUGGAGAGACAGGAGACUUUUCAAAGAUGACAUCUGAGAAAAUUAUGAUCAACUGGUUCAAACACCAGGGAACAAUCACCGUGAACGAAGAAGGCACACAAGCAGCAUCGGUGACACACGUGGGCUUCAUGCCGCUGUCCUCCCAAAUCCGCUUUGUGGUGGACCGCCCAUUCCUCUUCCUCAUCUAUGAGCAUCGCACCAACUGCCUGCUGUUCAUCGGUCGGGUGGUGGACCCCUCCAAGAACUAGCUGCAGAAAUCGUCCUUCCAACCUCAUCCUCCAGCCCCCUUAAGCUUAACUGGCACAUCAUGGCCUGCUGGCAAUCUUGCCUGAGAGUUUCUCAGCUCUCAAAGCUCCUCAUGCUAGGAGCUAAUAAAAGAGCCACAGUGCGAAUUACUCUGGGAGCAGGAGUUAAACAAUAACCUUAUCAAUGUCAUACAAUUUUUACCAAUGUAGUAAAAAAAGUAUUGUGCAGGACAAAUGUGUUGAUUCAGUUACUUUAUGUAAUAACUGCAUUUGUUCUGUAUGUUGUAUAAGCAGAUUUAAGGUUUUUAAUAUAAACUGUGUAUAUAAAAUAGAAUUACAAAUCUUGAAACUAAAUGUUUUGUGAAAUGCAUAUAUAUCCCAGCAAUAAACAAUAACCAUUAUAGAAA